CAUACCGAUACUUCUAUUGGGCCUGAUUGGUCUGAAGACGGCUGCUGAAUUUCAACAGCCAUGCCGGUGGUCAAAGGAGGUGUCUGGACAAAUAUCGAAGAUGAGGUGCUUCGAGCGGCGGUGUCCAAGUAUGGUCUCAACCAGUGGGCGCGAGUAUCCUCGCUGCUAGCUAGAAAAACCCCCAAGCAAUGCAAGGCUCGAUGGGUGGAGUGGCUGGAUCCCGGCAUCCGGAAGGUCGAGUGGUCGAGGGAGGAGGAUGAGAAGCUACUACAUUUGGCCAAGUUGAUGCCCACUCAGUGGCGUACUAUUGCACCGAUUGUUGGACGCACAGCUACUCAAUGCCUCGAGCGCUACCAGAAAUUGUUGGACGAGGCGGAAGCACGUGAAAACGAUGAGCUUGGUCUAGGCGGUCCUGAGGGUGGGGAGACCGCUGCACCAAGUGCAGACGAUGUGAGACGGUUACGCCCCGGCGAAUUAGAUCCCGACCCCGAAUCGAAGCCCGCUCGCCCAGAUACAAUUGACCUUGACGAAGAUGAGAAGGAGAUGCUGAGUGAAGCUAGAGCUCGUCUGGCGAACACACAAGGAAAGAAAGCAAAGAGAAAGGCUAGAGAACGACAACUGGAAGAAUCUCGGAGACUUGCUGUGCUUCAGAAGCGUCGUGAACUUAAGAAUGCUGGUAUCAACAUCAAGGUUGUCACCCGGAAGAAGGGUGAGAUGGAUUACAAUGCCGAUAUCCCAUUCGAAAAGCCGGCAGCCCCCGGUUUCUACGAUACAAUGGAGGAAGAAGCCAGGAAUGAGAGGCAGCGCGAAAUGUUCGACCCCCGUAAGCAACAGCUUGCCAACAAGCGCAAAGGAGACCAAGACGAGGAGGCGGAGCGCAAGAAGAGGAAAAAUGAUAAGAACAGCAACUCUGCUGCUUCUGCAGCAGCAGCAAGGGCUGGUCAAAUGCAGAAGAUCCGCGAGGCGGAGCAGAGUAGCAAAAGAAGAGCUCUUGUCCUACCAAGCCCUCAGGUCAGUGAAAGUGAGAUGGAGGAUAUCAUCAAGAUGGGUAUGGCAGGUGAUAAGGCCAGCAAGAUGGCUGGUGAUGAAGAAAUGACACGAGGCUUGCUUGGAAAUUAUUCGGCAAUUGUUGGCGGGACACCGAUCAGGACCCCUCGCGCUGCGCCGGAGGAAGAUCAUAUCGCCAAUGAGAUUAAGAACAUCAGAGCCCUUACUGAAACCCAGUCGUCAUUGUUGGGAGGCGAGAACACACCUUUGCACGAGGGAGGAUCUUCUACUGGCUUUGAUGGUAUUGCACCACGGCGCCAGGAGAUUGUCACACCGAACCCUAUGGCCACGCCUUUCCGACAGGCCAAUGGUGGUGUCAGUGCGACACCUAUGCGAGGAGGUGUUGGUCCGGGAGCGACUCCUUUGCGAACCCCCCGUGACCAUUUCUCCUUGAAUCAGAUGGAAGGGGGACAGCUUGUUGGGAGCACUCCGAAGGAGAUCAAGAUGCACGAGAAUUUUAUGCGCCAAAGCAUCCGCAGCAAGCUUUCCGCGCUGCCAAAACCAAAAGAAACCGAAUGGGAACUGGAGGAACUUCCUUCAGAGUCUGCAGAGCCAACCGUCAGCGAGGAGUAUGUGGAAGAGGACAUGGCAGAGCGAGAUAGGAGGGAAAGAGAGGCGCGAGAGAAGGCAGCUCAGGCUGAAUUAAAGCGUCAAUCACAAGUCUAUCAGCGAUCACUCCCCCGUCCAAGUGUUCUAGAUAUAGACGCGCUGGUUGAACGUGCGUCACAAGUGACGGAUCCGAUUGCCAGCAUGAUCUCCAAAGAGGCUGCUUUGCUUAUUGCCCACGAUGCUCGAAAAUUCCCUGUUCCUGGUGCUAAGGUAGAGGGCAAAUCUCGGAAAGCGGAACGGAUUGAUGACGCGUUGAUAGAAGCAGCUCGCAUUGCUAUUGCCACCGAAGCAAAUUCUGAGGAAAAGAAACCAGAGUGGACAGAGGACUUCGAUGCUCAGUGGACAACUGCACAUUCGAAGGCUCUUCCAGGUCUCUCCAAUUAUGCCGAUGACGGAGAGGACGAGUACCAACAAGAGCAACGUAUGAUUAGUGUUUUUGACAAUGUGCAAGUCUCUCUUCUUGCCACAGCCGAGAGAGGAAAUAAACUCGAGAAGAAGCUUGCGCUGCAUUACGGCGGAUAUCAAAACCGGGCGAAAAUGCUACGGAGUAAGAUACUUGAAGCCAGCGCCGCUUUGGAGAAGUCAAAGGAUGAGCUAGAUGCGUUCCGUAACCUACAGAUUUCUGAGGAGGCAGCGAUUUCCACGAGGCUAGAGAAGCUGCGGGACGAUGUGGCUUUUGUCAUGAGAAGAGAGCGUGAAGCUCAAGAAGGGCUACCCAAAACGGAUAACAAGAUGACCACGGAUGGGAACCUAAGGCAAACAACCUCAAAGGCGGUCUCUUCCGAGCAUCGCAACGGACAAUCCUCCAUCCCCUCCAAUAUCGUUCCCCUUCGUUUGCAUCGCAUAUUCCCUCCACGAUUAUAUUUCCAUCUGUACAAACCCGCUAGACCGAUCGAAAAUUACUCCCCCAACGCGAUGGGCGUCAGAGAUUCCCAUGGGGAGGCAACCGCGACGCCGGACCCCGUUGAGAAGGGUUUCGCCACCCUCAACACCAUUCGGAUCGGUGUUAAGGCUAUGGUUCAGAAGGAUGGAGAAUUGAGAAAAGCCGAGAUCUUGUCUAUUAGACAGCGCAAAGAUGGCCCAAGCUUUUAUGUCCAUUACGUCGAUUUCAAUAAGCGUCUCGACGAGUGGAUUGAUUCCACGAGGAUUGAUUUAUCUCACGAGGUUGAAUGGCCACAGCCUGAGAAACCAGAGAAGAAGAAAGCAGGUCCUGGUAACAAAGCACCAAGCAAGAAUGCUCAGAAGCGUGCAAGAGCUGGAAGCCGCGAGGUUUCGGCGACCCCAGAUCUUUUGACGGGCAAGAAUACCAAUGUUGGCAAAGCACAGCGUCCGUCUAAGGCAGGCGGGAAAGAAAACCGUGAUGAGACGCCUGCAAAUUUGUCAAUCCUAGAUUCGGAAGCCAUUUCUGCAGAUGUGACCCCUAAGCCCGAAUCCGAUGAUGUUGAUAUGAUUGGCGUCAGCUUCACGGAUACCAAGGAAGAGCACGAACAAGGUAAAAUGUCACGCGAAGAGGAAAUCGAACGAUUGCGUACCAGCGGGAGUAUGACCCAAAACCCUACGGAAAUUCAUCGCGUGCGUAACUUGAAUCGUCUACAAAUGGGCAAGUUUGACAUUGAGCCCUGGUACUUCUCUCCUUAUCCUGCAUCGUUUUCAGAUGUCGACAUGGUCUACAUUGAUGAGUUUUGCUUGAGUUAUUUCGACAAUAAACGCGCUUUCGAGCGCCACCGUGCGAAAUGUACCCUUGUGCACCCACCUGGAAACGAGAUCUACCGAGAUGACCAUAUUUCAUUUUUUGAAGUGGACGGUCGACGCCAGCGCACCUGGUGCCGCAACCUUUGCCUUCUUAGCAAGCUCUUCCUUGACCAUAAAACACUCUACUACGACGUCGACCCUUUCCUAUUCUACUGCAUGGCCACUCGGGAUGAGACCGGUUGCCAUCUGGUGGGCUAUUUCUCCAAAGAAAAAGAUUCCGCAGAAGGCUAUAACCUUGCUUGUAUCUUGACUUUGCCGCAAUACCAGCGUCUCGGCUACGGACGACUGCUUAUUUCCUUUAGCUAUGAGCUCAGCAAGCGCGAAGGAAAGCUCGGCUCGCCAGAAAAGCCCCUCAGUGACCUGGGUUUGCUAAGUUACCGGCAAUACUGGCGAGAAACACUCGUGGAAUUACUCAUAGAGCCGGGCCGAGAGUCCAUGAGUGAGAACGAGCUUGCUGUGCUAACAUCGAUGACCGAGAAGGAUGUCCAUGAGACACUGGUCGUGUUCAACAUGCUUAGAUACCACAAAGGAAACUGGGUUAUUGUCCUCACAGACCAAGUCGUUGAACAACACAAUAAGCGCCUCGAGAAAGAGAAAAUCAAAGGGUCUCGCAAAAUUGACCCUGCUCGUUUACAAUGGAAGCCUCCAGUCUUCACAGCUUCAAGCCGAACAUGGAAUUGGUGA